AUGGCGGAGCCUAUGAGACACUAUGGCCAGAAGAUCGACCAACAGAAAAAAUCAGAGAUACUUCAAUGGUUAAACCAACAAGACGAUGCAAAUCAGCAACAAAACAACCUCACGAAGAAGAGUCAUCAGGAUGAGGAAGCUGGGUUUGAUGGAGUUGUCGAGGUAAAAGCUCGACGCAGCGUACGGGACCAAGGACGAACGGAAGAGAUCGAGUGCAGAAUCGUCUUCGGUAGGAAACUAAUCUCGCAGCCUUCGAGUUCGGCUUCGUCUGUCGCCGCUUCGGACAAGUCUCUCACUUCCUUCCCUUCCUUCUCUCCUCAGUCUCCGCGUCACGAACACUCCUUUGCAACUCCCGAGUCCAACCAUGCUUCCAUGCAUAAUAUCGAGAGCAAAAUAUCCGACACUCCUAUUAGGACGUCCAUUGUCGACAACCUGACCUCGUCUGAGGCCCAGAAGACGGCGCGCAAUGCGCUAUUCGACGACACCCCUUUAACGACACAGAAGAUACCGGGUGCCCUCCAUCACGCCAACGACGAGCAUAUCGAACGUCUAAUUGCGAAGCAUGGAGCCGUUCACCUUGUGCGCCAGGUUGCCGAGGACCUAGCCCAUCGCGACCUUCAGAUCGCCAGAAUACGAAGAAGAGCAGACGAGAGAGAAAGGGCGCUAAGAAAGAUAAUCCUAGGUUGUGGACUAUCAAAUUUGGAUCUCGAGACAAAGCUGCGAUCCGUCGAAGCAGAGCUCCAGGCGCAGGACAAGUCAAAAUGCCCACCGACCGGAGACGUCUCUGGCAUGAUGAGCGACGCGAUACAGGAUUCGAUAUCUUACAACGCGCUGGGUCUCAACGACGUGAAUGAUGCUACGGUAAGAGCAAGUAGUUUGUCUGUCCCAAGAGAUAAUGCUACAAGCAAAGGCACGAUGAGGGCUUGGAAGGAAUAUCUCUGGGGUGGUACUAGCAGAAAGCAGAGCAGAGCUGGCAGCAUUAAUGAGGAGAUCGGAAAGACAGUCAUUCAUGCACCUACGCCGGUAGAUCGCCGACCUCCUAUACAGGAAGACUUAUUCGUUCCGCCGAAUGUGGACUCUGCUCGAAGCUCUAGUCGCGCUUCAAGUAUCUACUCCGAACAUGCAAAUAGGAAACCUUCGGCUUCAUUUGCUAGUAUGGCUCUACAACUGGUAGCUGGGAAGGGGACCUCGGUCCGCGAUUCUGAUUCUACUAGGGGAAGGUCAGAUUCGGCGGGACAAGGUGGUUCCGUGAGGUCGUCAUCGAAUGCUAGCGCCAAAACAGGCGCCUCGAACCGAGGAGUAUCUACACAAGGCGGUCCUAAGUCGCUGAUGUCAAUGCGGCGUACUACCCCCAAACCUCCAAGUAUACAGUAUUCCCGGCCGCGUGAGAGAUGGGAUGGUGUAGGCGCCAACCCUGAGAAUUCGUCAGCGACGAGAUCAGAUAACUCUGGUCCCGUGGAAAUGGAUACUAUAUUUUCCCCUGAAGGCCAGCCACCGGCCUUGUCGCAACUAUAUAAUAACUACAACAACAGCGAAUACUUGAUUGAUCGUUUUGGCUUCAUUUAUGACCAACGUCGAAAGAAGAGGCAACGUGAAGCAGCCAAAGUCGCUCUUCAAAUGAAGAAAGGACACGAAAUGCUUUCGGGUGGACGAUCUGGCAUAUCACCCAACUUAUUAGACGACGAGGCAGGGUCUAAUGGCGAUGCCGUGAAUGAUGAUCGCCCGGAGAGCCCGACGUCGGUCGAGGGCCCCAUUGAACAAGGCAAAGCCAAGAGAUGGCAGGACUAUCUUAAGAUUGCUACUUUUCCGACAGAGCUUCUUUCGCAUACUCCCUCGAUAAUGGCUUCGAAUAUAGAAGUACUCGAAGGGACCGAACAUCCGAGGUCUCCGAGCAUGAUCAACUCGGACGAACGUGGCUUCGUCCCAUCUGCGAGCACUACUGUUUCGGCCCUUGGAAGAGAGACGAGUCCACAGCCGGAAGGAGAGUCCGCUACUGCGACAUUGGUGCAUGAGGAUGUCGAGGCGGUGAAGCUUCUGCUGAAGCAGUUGAACGAUGUUCACGAUAAUCUACAAAGGGAAAGAUCCGUCCGCUGGAAUGAAUUUCUACGAAAAGUCCGCGCUGAGCGUCGACGUGAAGGCGAGGCUGCGGCUGCUAAUGCCGCAGCGGCAGCCGAAGCCCGUUUUCAAGCCGCGCCCGUUAUAAUCCCGGAAGCCAAGCUCACCGACGGCGAGACCAUCGGUAUCGCAGAUCUCGGAGUCAAGGGUAAAGUAGGGCGCGCGAAAUGGAACGAAUUCAGGAAUCUAGUACUUGGCGGGAUACCCGUGGCGAAUCGCCCCAAGAUCUGGGCAGAAUGCUCUGGUGCUCUUUCUAAGCGAACUCCGGGCUACUACCACGAUCUUGCUACUAGAUCUAGCGAGACCGACGAUGCUGUUGUUAUCUCGCAGAUCGAGAUGGAUAUCAACCGUACGCUAACCGACAACAUAUUCUUCCGCAAGGGGCCCGGUGUUGCAAAGCUACAUGAAGUCCUCCGAGCCUAUGCUAGGCAUAACCCCGAAGUUGGAUACUGUCAGGGUAUGAAUCUAAUCGCCGCGAAUUUGCUGCUUAUUAUGCCGUCUGCCGAAGACGCCUUCUGGGUUUUCGUCUCAUUCAUCGAACGUAUCCUACCCCAAGGAUACUACGAUCACAGCUUAAUGGCGUCCCGCGCAGACCAACAAGUCCUACGCCAAUACGUCGCUCAGGUUCUCCCAAAGCUAUCGCAACACCUCGACAUGCUUAGCAUCGAGCUCGAAGCCUUGACUUUUCAAUGGUUCCUCAGCGUAUUCACCGACUGCCUCUCGGCCGAGGCCCUAUUCCGCGUCUGGGACGUGGUGCUCUGCAUAAAUGACGGAAGCACGUUCCUAUUCCAGGUCGCGCUCGCCCUCCUUAAACUCAACGAGAGACAGCUGCUCCAGUGCGACACGCCGGCCUCCGUCUACACGUACAUCAACCACCAGAUGACCAACCACGCCAUCAGCAUCGACGGCCUGAUCCAAGCGUCGGAAGGGCUCAGGAGAGUCGUCCGCAGAGAAGAGGUCGAGGACCGCCGCGCCAAGGCCAUCGAGGCGGACAAGCAGAUGAUGAAGGAGCGCGAGGAGCGCAGCGCCGCUUGGCGGGCCCAAAAGGGGCUCUCGGCGCCGGCGCUCGUUACCGAGGAGAGCGUCGCCUUGGACGACGAGGAUGAUGUCAGUGUUGAUAAUGUGAGGGAGGCGCCGACGCUGUUGCCGACGGAGGAGGAGGCUUCUUUUGGGCUGGGGUGA